AAACAGAUAUCGAAACGGAAGAAAAAAAAAAGACAACAAAGAGUGGUAACAUGAUACUCAUAGACGUGAGGAGAACUAAAAGACUCUCCAUUGACCAUUUCCUUUUCCCUCUUCACAAUCCAUCCAAUUUCCUUUACACAAACAUAACUACUUUUUUUUCCUUCUUUUUCUCUCUUCCACUUCUCUCCCCACUCUCUUCUCCGUAGCAAUUUUCUAUGAUGAACAAACAAACAAACAAACAAAACAACAACAAUACAAUAAUUUCCAUCUAACAUGCCGUCUUUCCUUUGAUUUUCUUAAAUGUUCUUACAAUGUAUCGCAGGACGCUGACUAUAAACUGGGAUGGUCUCGGAGAAGACGAUGACGAUGAUCACUUCUUCGAGUCCCACGACCGCCUUUCCACGGUUGUUCCCCAAGACUUGGUGUCCUCGGGGUCAGAUGAUGAGGUCGAAUUUGAGGAUAGUAGACGUUCCUUCUCGGCCUCACUUUCUAUCAAGAAUACUUUCCGAGACUUAGAGAUGGGGACAGCGAAAACAAAAACGGUCUCCAUCUCCAAUCCUUCUCCGUCUCCACUUCCUCCUAUUGUCAUGGAAGACUACGGCAUGUGGAUGGCUGAACCAGGAGAUGUUAAAGAGCGUCGAAAACGCUUACUCCAGGGAAUGGGGUUGACAAGUAGUAAGGAACUCCUCAAGCUAACAAGUGCUAAAGUUGUGAGAGCCAUUUCAAGAAAAGUUGAUGCAUGUCAAGAUUCUUCCAUACCAAAAGUUGAGAUUAGUUCUUCCAAGGAAGAGCUAAUUAAACAAGAGGAAGAACAAGAACAGGAGCCAGAGGCUUCGAAUUCGCCACCAAUUUUGCUGCUCAGGUCGAGAUCAGACGGUGACAUAGAGUUUUUCUCUGUAAAUACCAAGAAAAGGAAAGAACAGUUACUCGGAGACGUUUCUAAACAACGUCUUACCAGGACAUUUUCAGGAGUUUUAGGACCAGCUACAAGAAUAUGCCAGUAUACAAAUUCUGCUGCUGUAAUGGUGCCGCAUAAAAAGGGAACAUGUAAAUCUACAUCACCACAAAAUGGAGGUGAAACACCAUCAUCCACAUUGCCAAAUGGAAAUGCUGAUUCGGGAUUUGCUUCGUUUUUCCUGAUAAAAAAUCUGGACACUGGAAAUGAAUUCAUUGUUAAAGAGUCCAAUGAAGAGGGAAUGUGGAAUAAGCUCAGUGAUCUACAAACAGGGAAGCAACUUUCCAUGGAGGAAUUUGAGAAAUCUGUGGGAUACUCACCUGUUGUUAAGGAACUGAUGCGCCGUGCAAAUGUUUCAACAAAUGAUGAAAGAAAACUUAACGUAAAUGCGUAUCUCAGCAAGAGUUUCAGAUAUAGCAAGAAAACAGGAGUUGCUCUAUUGAAGAACAUAAAAGGAGUUGCAAAUAGUAUGAGCAUGUCAAAAGUUGAUAAAGAAAUUGAGAUACCUGCACUAGUGGAACAGAAACAGAAACAGAAUUCCUCCCAAUGGAUUAAAGCGCGGCAGCAAGGAAAGAUUCACAAAGAAUUCACAGCGUUGCAAUUGUGUCAGGAAAUUCAAGCUCAUGAAGGCUCCAUAUGGACCAUAAGAUUCACCGCGGAUGGUCGGUAUCUAGCAACUGCAGGGGAAGACAGGGUGAUUCAUGUAUGGGAAGUGCAAGAAUGUGAUGUUAUGUCUACAAAACAAUCCGAUGAUCCGAAUUCUGUCAGUGACACACCAAUGGCUGGUAGUAAUUCGGAUCGUCCACCUCUGCCAGUUAUGACUAAUAUGCAAUCAGAAAGAAGGAAAAAGGGGAAGACUUCUAAUAAGAAGAAGGGAAAUUCACUUCCAGAGUAUGUAAAUGUACCUGAAAUUGUAUUUGCUCUCUCAGACAAACCAGUAUGCACUUUCAGUGGUCAUCAAGAUGAUGUCCUGGACCUAUCUUGGUCAAGUUCUCAGCAACUCCUUUCAUCCUCAAUGGACAAGACAGUCAGGCUAUGGGAUAUCGAGACUCAGAGCUGCUUAAAAAUGUUUGCACACAACGAUUAUGUGACCUGCAUACACUUCAAUCCAGUAGAUGACGACCACUUUAUCAGCGGUUCACUGGAUGGAAAAGUUCGAAUUUGGAAUGUAUCUGAUCGGAAAGUUGUGGACUGGACAGAUCUUCAUGAAAUGGUUACUGCUACUUGCUACUCUCCUGAUGGCGAGGGUGCUUUAAUUGGCUCACAUAAAGGGAGCUGUCGCAUGUACAGUACCUCUGAAUGCAAGCUGGAACAAAAGGACAGCUUUGAACUCGAACCCAAAAAGAAGUCCCUAGCCAAAAAAGUCACUGGUUUUCAGUUUGGUCCAGGGAAUCCAGCAGAAGUGCUUAUAACUUCAGCUGAUUCUCGUGUCAGAAUUUUUGAUGGAUCGGAAAUGACCCAUAAAUUUAAAGGUUUACGGAAUACAAGCAGCCAAAUUUCAGCUACAUUUAGUCAAGAUGGGAAGUAU